AUGGCCCAUUACGCCGCCGCCUCCGAUUGGUCCUUUGGGGACUUCCUGUGUCGCUUGGUCACGGGAUUCCACAACAUUGGUUUCUACGGCAGCAUCUUCUUCAUGGUGGCCAUGAGUGUUGACCGCUAUGUGGUCAUUCUUCACACCCACUCCGUGGCCAGGCUCCGGUCUGUCCGGGUGGGGGCCGUCCUCUCUGUGUUGGUGUGGUUGGCCAGCCUGUGCGCCUCUCUCCCCACCCUCACCUUCACGCGGGUGGAGGAAGGGCGGUGUGGACAGGAGUUUCCCCCGGAGACCACGUGGCGCCAGUUUAGCUACCUGGAGAUGAACAUCCUGGGACUCCUCCUCCCUCUCCUGAUCAUGGGGGUCUGCUAUUCUAGAAUUAUCCCCAUCUUGGCCAACAUCAAAACCGUCAAGAAGCACAAAGCCAUCAAACUCAUCUUCAUCAUAAUUGUUGCGUUCUUCUGUUUCUGGACCCCGUACAACACGGUGAUCUUCCUGCACUAUCUGCAAACCAUAGCGGUUGUUUCGGCUGACUGUGACGUUUCCAAUAGCGUCGACCUGGCUUUGCAGUGGACAGAGACCAUCGCUUUCUCUCACUGCUGUUUGAAUCCCAUCAUCUACGCUUUUGCAGGACAGAAGUUCAGGAGUCGUGUUCAGAGGCAGUUGAGGGCUUGGUUGCCGGGGGUUUUCCCGCCGUCUGCAACGAGCGAGCUGUCAGACCGAAGAAGCUCAGUGUUGUCCAAGUCGUCUGACAUGACGACCAUCGUGGCUUGA